AUGAUCUCCUUUCUCCGCACGCUCACCUUUGGGUUGACGCUAUCCUCCGCACUCGCCAAAUCGACCAGCAGCACCCUCUACGCAACGCACUACAGCACCUCCUCUAUUUAUACUCUGACCCUCAAACAGUCCAACAACACGUACAGCCUAGCUGAGGCCUCGUCGCUCAAGACCUGCGGCAGGUAUCCGUCUUGGAUCACGCUCGAUGCCUCCACAAAAACACUCUACUGUUCCGACGAAUAUGGCUGGCGCAACGCCGGCGGAACGGUUAACGGGUCGUUGACUACGGUCAAUGUCGGCGAGGAUGGAAGUUUGAGCGAGGAAGCUGUGACGGGGACUGCGCCGGGAAGUGGAGUGCAUAAUAUUGUUUACGAGGGUGACGGUGGGGAGAAAUAUCUUGCCAUUGCGCAUUACUCUGGCGCUGCGGUCUCAACUUACGCCCUCCCAUUGGAAAACGAUGCCGACCCGCUACAGGUCUUUGAAUUCGAGCUCGACACGCCCGGCGAGGUCCCCGAUCGCCAGGAGGCGCCACAUCCGCACCAGACCUUCCUUGAUCCCACGGGCUCCUUCGUGCUGGUUCCGGAUCUCGGCGCAGACCUAAUCCGCGUGUUCGCAAUCGACAAAUCUAACGGGGAGUUGAAUGCUUGCCCUAGUCUGAACUACACGCUGGGAGGUGGUCCUCGACAUGGGGUCUUCCGGACUGCCUCAGACUCGGAGCUUCGGAUUAGAGGACGCGCUCCUGGACCGGAAACCGUGCUCUACGUGACCGGCGAGUUGAACGGCGAAGUUGAAGCCUUUGCGGUCUCGUACCCGAAGAGCGGGUGUCUUUCCUUUGAGCAGAUUGAUACCGAGAUCCCCUAUCCCUCGGAUCUGCCCGACGGUGCAUCACUGUCAGAAAUCAGGCUAGUCGAAGAUGACCUCUAUGUCUCUGUGCGCCUGGACUCUGCAUUUGGCGGGGAUGACUCCCUUGCAAGGCUGAGUCUCCGCCAGGAUGGAAAAGUUGAGUUUGAGGAGAUCAGCACGUCGGGUGGUGUGCUGCCGAGGACGUUUGCGAUCAACAAGGCUGGUGACUUGGUGGCUGUAGGGAAUCAGCUUUCUUCGACAGUGACGAUUGUGGAGAGGGAUCCUGAAACGGGAGCACUUGGUGAGGUUGUCGCCGAGUUGUUGGUUGGCGAGCCUGGGGAGCCAAACAAUCUAGAAGGUUUGAGCAGCAUUAUCUGGAACGAAUGA